AUGUCGCUGAUCGGAAAAUUCGAACGUCAGAACGACGUAUCGAUCAACGUGUUUGCAACUCGGGAAGAAAUUGAAAAGAAAGCUAAAUUCGGCCGGGGCGCCGACCACAACGCGAUCGUGCCUCUGCGGUUGACCGACGAUAAGCGGGACAGGCACGUAAAUCUGCUGUAUCUGCCCGAUACGCUGCGCGGCGUCAACAGGGGCCAUUUCGCCUGGAUAAAGAAUCUGUCGCGAUUGGUGAAUUCGCAAUUGACCGCGAAACGGUGCGCGAAGCACGUUUGCGAUCGAUGUCUACACUAUUUCUAUACGCGCGACAAGUUGGCCGCCCACAGCGUCGACUGCGGCCGAAUGAACGACUGCGCCGUCGUUCUCCCGAACGAGAGGGACAAGUGGCUGUCUUUCGACAAUUACGACAGAAAGGAGCGACUUCCCUUCGUAGUGUACGCGGAUCUGGAGUGUCUUCUCGAGCGACGGGAGAGGGAGAACGUCGAGGGGGGCUCGAGAACGGAAAGAUACGCUUAUCAGCGUCACGUACCGUUCAGCGUGGGCUACUAUCUGUGCUGCACCUACGACGAUACCGCGUCCGCGUACAGAUAUCGUCGCGGCGAGGAUUGCGUUUCGUGGUUCGUGAACGAGCUUCGCGUUCUCGCGCGUCACGUUAAGAAUAAAUUUUCCACCAAUGUAGCGAUGGUGGAACUCACGGAGGACGAGAAAAGCGAAUUUCUGCUCGCGACUCAUUGUCACGUGUGCGAGAAACCGUUUCAACCGGAGAACAAUCGCGUGCGGGAUCACUGUCACCUAACCGGACGUUACAGAG